AUGGAGCCCCAGGGGACGCUAAGUUCGGAGAAGCAGGGACCCGCCCUCUUUGGAGAGCCCCCGCCAGCCGAUGGGCUGCCCGCCCCGGGGGUCCUCCGCAUGGAGAGUGGCGGGGACGGCGGCGGCACAUCGGAGGCCCCAAGCCCCGACGCUGAGCCCUUGCCGGCGGAGGAAGAGGCUGCUCCCCCAGAGCAGGAGGAGGCGUGGGAGUGCCGCCGCCGCCUCCCGCGUUCCUUCUCCCUGCCCGCGGACCCGAUCUUGGAGGCGGCCAAGUUGCUGCAGCAGCGACAGCAGCUUGGCCUGGGGCUGGGCCCGGAGGGCGGCGAGGGGGCCGAGGGCGCGCCGCACAGCCCCGGCGGCUGCUGCGCCAAGUGCAAGAAGCGGGUGCAGUUCGCGGACGCGCUGGGGCUGAGCCUGGCCAGCGUGAAGCACUUCAGCGAGGCCGAGGAGCCGCAGGUGCCGCCCGCCGUGCUCUCGCGCCUCCGCAGCUUCCCCCUGCGCGCCCAAGACCUAGAGCAGCUCCCCGGCCUCUUGGCCGCGGCGGCAGCGGCCGCGCCCCUCUCCGCGCCACCUCCCCGGCUUCGGCCUCUUUUCCAGCUUCCCGGGCCGAGCGCCGCCGCCGAGCGACUGCGGCGGCAGCGCGUGUGCUUGGAGCGCGUGCAGUGCUCGGCGCCCUCGGGCGCAGAGGUGACGGGCUCCGGCCGGGUGCUGGGCUGUCCCGGGCCGAGAGCCGUGGCGGUGCGCUACACCUUCACCGAGUGGCGCUCCUUCCUGGACGUGGCGGCCGAGCUGCAGCCCGAGCCGGCGGAGCCACAGCCGCCAGAGGCGUCGUCGGGGGGGCCCGGGGACGCCGAGGAGGAACCGGGCGCCGAGCGCUUCCACUUCUCACUGUGCCUGCCGCCGGGUCUGCAGCCCCAGGAGGGGGAAGACGCGGACGCGCCGGGCGCCGCGGUCCACUUCGCCGUCUGCUACCGCUGCGCGCAGGGCGAGUACUGGGACAACAACGCGGGGGCCAACUACACGCUGCGCUACGUGCGCCCUUCCGACGCGCUCUGAGCCCGAGGCCCUGCCCCAGGCCCCGCGCCGCCUCACAGCUGCCGGGUGACCUGCGGGGACGUCUUCCUGAGCACCGUCCACCGGGGAAGGAAAGGAGGGAGCCGUUCAGCUGUAAACUCGCACCAGCACGGAUCCUUCGAGCAAGCAUCGUGAGCCCGGGGAAAGCACCGAACCUGCCCGGCCCGUUUUCUCCUCGCUUAGGCCUCCCUAGGCUGCCUCUAGAAUUCUCGCCCUGCGCCAGAAUGCGAAGAAAUUCUUGACUCCGAGCCGUAGCUGCCUUCAAGAAAAAGGCCCUAACCCCUGUGCACAGCUGUAAGACCUUGGGAUUUGUUUUCAACUGCAGACAUCGUGUUUUAGCCUUUGCAGCUUCCUGCAGACGCC